AUGGCUUCCCGGGCCCUUAUUCCCUUUCUUGUCGGCAUGAUGCUGUUGACAGGCGUCUGCAAUACCCUUCUCACAAAGUACCAGGAUAUGCAAUGCGUCCGCAACUGCGAUGCGAAGGACCCCACGAAACGGGCAUACUUUAACCAACCUGUACUGCAGACAGCACAGAUGUUUGUUGGAGAGAUGGGUUGUUGGCUGGUCAUCGGUUUGAUGAACCUGUAUCGUCGCUAUGGACCCGGAGCGAACCCCACGGCUAACGGCUACGAGGCCGUCAACCCGAAUGAUGCCGAUAAUGCAGAUGCUCCUCUUGUCGGCAACGUGGACGGACGCCCGAAGCCUCAAGAAGAGGAAAGCGGUGCUAUCCUGCGCGGGCCUCGUAUUUUGCUAUUGGCGCUCCCAGCCAUCUGCGAUAUUCUCGGUACAACGCUGAUGAACAUUGGUCUUUUGUUGGUUGCGGCCUCCAUCUACCAAAUGACUCGCGGCGCCCUCGUUCUCUUCGUCGGGGUGUUCAGCGUCAUUUUCCUCAAGCGUAGACUUUUUUUGUUCCAAUGGCUGUCCCUCGUCGGCGUUGUCACGGGCGUCGCAAUCGUUGGAUUGGCUGGUGCCAUCUACCAUGAGAACACGAACGAGGCUGACGUCGAAGAAGGCUCCCCCGAGUCCAACGCCUUGUUGACGGUUGUGGGUGUUCUCCUCAUUGCCGGCGCGCAGAUCUUCACUGCGACACAGUUCGUUUUGGAGGAAUGGAUUCUGGAAAGGUCAUCCAUCGAACCUAUCCGUGUCGUUGGAUUCGAAGGUCUUUUCGGCUUUACUGUCACCGUCAUUGGCAUGAUUGUCUUGCAUCUGGCCAUCGGGAAAACCGAUGCUGGACGCUACGGAUACUUCGACAUGGCCGAGGGCUGGAGGCAACUUACGCAGAACAGAGCCAUCGGGAUUUCCAGCAUCCUGAUCAUGAUCAGUAUCGGGUACGUUCAUACUUUUUACCUGACAAGCAGACGACUUACUAACGCGCGCCGUAUCAGUGGUUUCAACUUCUUUGGUCUCUCCGUCACCAGAAGCGUCAGCGCUACCUCGAGAUCUACGAUCGAUACGUGCAGAACUCUCUUCAUCUGGAUCGUCUCCCUCGGGCUCCGUUGGGAGACCUUUAAGUGGCUGCAAGUCGUUGGAUUUGGCCUGCUUGUCUACUUUACCUUCCUCUUCAACGGAAUUGUGCAACCCCCUUUCCAAUUUCUUGUCCCUGACGAAGAGGUGGAGGAACUACUUCCGGAAGAACCCAUCGAACACCAGUGA